ACGUAGGAAUCGAAUAUUCGAAUGUUUACCUCUCCGUCGCAGUGCACGUGUGCCCUGCGUUUUUGAGUUGGUGCUCGUCUAAGUCAGAGCCGUAUCUGGUUUAAGUCUACCGACUAGGUUCUCAAAAUGGGACGUAGGAUCCCUAAAAGCACCCGCCACAAGAAACUCAAGUCGGUGGACCCGUUUCGAAAGGAUGCAGGGGUCGAAAAGCCGAUCGACAAAAGAGCCAACCGACCGCCCAAGAGUCUCGAACAAGAAGUUCCGAGGAGUCUGACGAUGUUGUUUGGAGACGGAGAAGACGAGAAGCGUCCCAAGAAACGCAAGAAAAAGCAGAACCUCGUUCAGGUGAAACGCAGCAAGUUGGAGCAGGAACAGCACGGCAUGACGCGUCCGCUGAAGCAGCUGCCCGAGACAAUUCAGCAGCAACGCCAUGAGAGCGACGAGCAGUUCUUGCGGCGCCUGGAUCGCCUGGCUGGCCGGGCGUUCAGCGAGGCCAGCGUGGAGCAGAAGUACGACGUGAGGGUGACGCAGGACGACGAGGGCCGGACGAUCGUUGACCCCAAGGGCGGCGGCGAGCAGGUGGCCUCCAACUACGGGGCCCGCAAAAGAGCGAAGCGGAAACUGCGAGAGCAGAAGUUGAAGGAGAAGAAAAGGCAGAAGGCGGCCGUGCCAGCCGGCGACUUUUCCCACCUUAAGGAUGAAGUUGCCUUCGGUGAAGUGGUGCACCGCCCCCCAGAGAUUAGUGCCACCAUCCGGAAAGCAGACGCCGAAAAGCUACACAAGCACGGGGCCAAGGAACUACUGUUAAAGGACCUGCUGCCCAAGAAAAAGGACAGCGACGUGAUGGGACACGCGUCGAAGAAGGCGGAUUUGACGGUCAAGCGGAAAGAACUGUCUGCGGGAGAUCGUCGUAAGCUCGAGGCGGAACGCCAGCGAGCAGUCUUCCUCUACCGCAAGAUGAAGGCCCAGGCGGCGUUGAGUCGUGCAAGCGUGUGACCGCGCACGGACAACAUUAAAAUGUCUUUCACUUC